CAAAAUUUGCGGGUCAUUGUUUAAAAUACAGAGCUGCUGAAGACCAACUCAAGUCAUAUUUGGAGCAACAUUGUACUUAGUGUCUAAAAAUCGUUGUCUCCCAAUGGGUGGGCAGGUAACCCAUACCACCUUACAAGGAACCCUUCACUGCCACUCCCUGAAGGAGAGCAUGUAUCCACAAGAUGCCCAAACCUCCUUGCCACUAUGUUUCCAUGCCAACACCAAAGGUUCUCAGAUCGUCAUAGACAAGACACAACGCAACGUACGCCGAAUCGGCAGCUUCUGUAAUGCCAUCACGUUCACCAACCGACCGCUCCGAAUCUAUGAACAGGUUCGGCUGAAGAUCACAAAAAGACAGGGUUGUUGGAGUGGCGCCCUGCGAGUGGGUUUCACUACAGUGAAUCCAUCUCAUCUAAUGUCAUCGUGGCUUCCAUGUUUUGCCUGCCCUGAUCUUGUUGGCCAGAGAGGGUUUUGGGCCCGUGCAUUGCCUGAGGAACAUUGUGAAGAAGGAACCGUUCUGUCCUUCUGGUUGGACAACACUGGGCGAGUGUUCUACCGGGUAAACGAAGGUGAACCGAUCUUCUUCUUCAGCGGAGUACUAGCGGGAGAACCAGCAUGGGCCAUCAUUGACAUUUAUGGGUUGACACGUGGAGUGCAACUAUUUGACAGCAAGAUGGUCCCGGCUGAAUAUCUCCGUCCUGAAGGGAUGCAUGACUGGCGCCUGUCAAUCGACUGCUCCAAGCUUGAUCAUCCGGACCAUCUGCCAUCACUCUCAACGUCUCCAAACACCCUCAACUCAGUGCUGUCACGUCAGCUUCACGAUGACUUGCACUUCCAUGCCGUCCAUGGCAACGGUCUGCGGCUGCUAACCGAACACAUAGCUGUGCCUUACUACAGCAGACGUGACGAUUGCGCUCUUGCAUUCUCACACCGACCUUUGCGCUGUGGAGAAUGUGUGUUCUUAAAGGUCUCACUGAAGUCUCCAAAAGUGACACCUAUCAUGAAGACAUUUUUGACUUACGGAUUUACUUCUUGUAACCCUGCCCACAUUAAUCCGAAGAACCUGCCGGCCAAUCCUGAUGACCUGCUGGACCGCAAGGAAUUCUGGGCUUUUAGCUGCCUGGCUUCACCACUUGAGGGCGGGGAUAUCUUUGGUUUCCGAGCAACGGCAGACGGGGAGGUGCUCGUGAGUCACAAUGGUGGAAGAGCCUGUCGAGAGAUCUCUGUGGAUAAUUCCACUCCUCUUUGGAUGAUCUUCGAGUUACAACCACAUAUUAAGCAAAUCAGUAUACUGGGCACUUCUGUUAGUUAUUCUCAAUCCUUUUCACAAAUUCAUCAGUCCAGUUUAAGUACUACUAGUCACCCCACAGCCAAUCAGAUCCACAAUACAGCAGUCAGGGGAUUGAUUGACAGCUCUCAGCCCCACCCACACAGCCUUAAUAGUUUGACAGCAGGGACAAUAUCCAGCUCACCAUCCUCAGAAUCUCCCAAUAUCCUGCCAUGCUGUGCAGUUACUGGUGAUGAAUGUUUAAUUUGCUGUGAGAGUACUGUGGACUCGGUGCUGUACACGUGUGGACACAUGUGCGUAUGUUCUGUGUGUGGAGGGAAACUAAGGGAGAUGUCAAAUCCCUCUUGCCCACUGUGUCGCAGCCCAAUCAGAGACAUCAUCAAAAUAUAUCACAGCAUGUAAACUGGUAACCAACGUAUAUGCAGAUAGUACCAGAAUAUUUGGAUGGUUCAUGAAUGAGUCUCUUUACAUUUCUAUUUCUGAGGUCGUAGUCCAUUUUGAUUUCCCACAAUUCUCUGCUGUCAUGUAUUGACUGAUUUAAUCCCAGAGCCAGUAAGAAAAAGGUUCUUGGACUAACCUCUAUGAUAAUGUUUGCAUAAGGUUCAGAUCGAUCAAAAUGAUGAUCAAAAACUGCUAAAUUAAUUUAUUUGUGAAUUUUUGACAAAAAAGUGGUUAGCAGAUUUUAAAACUGUUCUAGAUUAAUUUCGUGUGAAUUUCAUACAAAAAAGGUUCAUACAAUAAAAUGAACAUUUAUGUCUCUGUAAACGAGAUAUUUUUACAAGUUAACUUUAAACUGCACCUUAAAUUAUUUAUUUUCUAGUUUCUCUAAGUUCUAAAUCAACAAACUGUGUUGAAUGGGUUUGUUGCUAAAUGUUUAUUUUUUUAUAACAUUUACAUUUACAAAAUAAGAAAAUGACAGUAUAUGAUAUUCACAACAUUCAUAGUGUCAGUACCUGGUAAUUGUGAAACAACGUUACAAUUGUGACAACUGCAACAAAUCCUGUAAUUAUAUACCUGUAAAAAAAUAGGUAUAUAUAUUAUGGGUGUAAAAAAAUAUUUUACGUUUUAUUGCUGUGUGAUUUUGUUUUAUAUGGAUCAUUUGUACUGUAAAUAUGCAGCUUUAAAUUUAGUAUAUCCUCUGAACCUGAAAUAAUAAGGUUGCACUGAUUUUCUAUCAAUGUUUAUUUGCUGUUUACAUGUGAUUGUCAACUAACUGCUUUAGAUCCGUAUAAUUGUAAUAGAUAAUGUUGCUAAAUAAAUAUGUCCUAUAUAGUG